AUGGUGGCUCCACCAAACGACGUAGGGCACUCCAAACCGCUCCCGGAGUACCUAGAGGACUUAUCAGUAGCAGAUCGACCGUCACCGGUCGGCAAGAGGCGCGGUCUCGGGGGUGAAAGUGGCAGUGGGCGCCUGCACGAGAUCCCAAUUCGCUCGAGGUCGAACCCUCCACUCUGGAAGCGGUUGCACGCCCUCGCCUUCACCCUCGUCUUUGGCCUCCAACUUGUAUCGAUCCAUACCCUCCAACUCCUCCUCUCCCCUCUCCACCUCUUGCGCCUCGACAAGAAAACUCGAUUAUGGCAUUACCGAGCGGCGCAGUUUUGUAAACGCUUGUUCUCGAGCGCGUUGCUCGUCAUCACGUCCCUUUUCGCACCGACGACGUUCGUCAUCACCGCGGACGAGACGGUCGAUUUGGAUCAGGUGGUCGUGUUGGAUAAGAAGGGGAGGUUCAAAAAGCUCGAGCUUGAUCAGCAGAGUUGUGAGUUGGAUUGGCUGACGUCGACGGUGGCUUGACGUCAUUGCGCCGGCGUGGAAAAUCCAUCAGCGCGGCCUCGGCGACGACCUGAGAUACUCCGGGCUCCUAUGUGCAGACUCGAUGCGUCACCUUUACGGCGGAUAAGAGAGAUCUAAACAGUUGUGUUCCUUCUUGCAGUAUGGGUUGCGAACCAUCAACAAUACUGCGACUGGAUUUUCUCUUGGUUCGUGAACUGUCGGCCACGCGACUCCAGCAGAACGACACCCACUCAAGUCACAUCAACUUUCUUUUUGUAUCUCUAGGAUCCUAUUCGCACUCGCACACCUCGACGGUGGUAUCAUCAUCAUUCUCAAGGCUUCACUUCGAUGGGCGCCUAUCGUUGGCCCGGUGAGUAUCCUCAAGCGGUUGGGUGUCGAGCCAUCGACUCGCAUAUACACGGCCGUUCCUGAGAUGUCUCGUUCCCUUUCCCCAGGCGAUGCAACUCUUCGAAUUCGUAUUCAUAGAUAAGAAGCAUCGACUUCAAGAUUCCGAUGAGAUCUAUCACCAUGCGCAGCGAAGCACUGCGCUCGGUCUGCCGUUCCAGUUGCUUCUCUACCCUGAAGGAACUCUGGUCAGCGCUUUGACUCGUCCCAAGAGUGAAGCGUAUGCUCGAACGCUGGGAGUAGUGAGUUCACGAAAGCAGAGUCGAACAAACCACAGAUUGCGGCGCCUCGAAUUUAUACGUAGCUGUCCCCCAUUCCUCCAGCCCGACCUCGAAAACCUGGUCCUUCCUCGCUCGGCAGGAUUACUCUACUGCAUGCGCACCGCCUUGUCCGUCCUCCCAAAUUUGACCCUUUACGACCUCACAAUAGGCUACGAAGGCAUCCCCCCAAAAGGUUACGCUCAAUCGUACUAUACCAUCUUCUCCUGGUUCGGGUUCCGCACACCUUCUCCUCGCGUUCAUCUCCAUCUUCAUCAGCUCGCAGCAGCCGAAUGUCCCGUCGGUCCGAGGAUCGAGAAAGGCAAAUCACCGCGGACGAUCGAACGAGAGUUGACGCAGGAGGAUAGGGAUACGUUCGAUAAGUGGAUUAGACGACGUUGGGAAAUCAAGGAUGGGUUGAUGGCGCAGUUCUAUAGAGAGGGGGAAUUCCCAAAAGGACGACAGGGGUCGAGGGAGAUUGAGGUUCGUGCGAGGCAGAGGGAUUGGAUUGGGAUCGCGUUGGUGUUUGUGCUCUUCUUUACGGUCUCGAGCACGGUUGGAGGCGCAGUGCUGCGUCUUUUGUAG